GUACCGGUGUUCUUCGACAAGCGCCAUCGUCGCUACCUUCGAUUCUGGACGGGAGGAUGGGCUGUGGCAUGUUGUGUAUGUGCUCUUUUCACCAUCACUACAUUUCUGGUAGAUCUUGCACGUUUUGCCUAUCCUGUUCGCCCGAUUCUAUACAUGGCUAUGUGCUAUCUGAUGAUCUCUAUUGUCUAUAUGAUUGGUGUCGUAGGUGAGGACAGCUUUGCAUGCGGUCCGUAUGGGGGUACGCCGCAACUACUCGUAGCCCAAGGUGGAGAAGGCACGGCUUGUAGUGGUCUGGCAGUUGCGCAUUAUUACUUCACAAUUUCGAGUAGUGCCUGGUGA